UUCUCUGUCACAGUCUAACAUAUUUGAAUAGAAGUGUGGAAAGCAGCUGCAGACAUCAUCAACCAUCAUUAGAACCCAUGGGCAACUUUGUGUGCACAUAUGGUGUGUAUGGAAAUAAGGUAAUAAAGUAAAAGGAUUUGGAAAAAUUAUUACUGUGAAGAUCAUCUAUGAAUGAGGAACUGCAGCAUGUUCAGGAAUUGCAGCAAAGCUGUAAUGGACACUACAGUUAUUAAAAUUAAAAAAAAUUCCCCCUAUAUAAAUGUGUUUGCUCCAGUCAGAAGAUCUUCUAACCUUUUAAUGCUUGGUAGUGUACAAUGAUGUGCCUUUAAAUUCCACAUCACUCCUGGAAAAUACCUAUAAUACACAACAAUACAGUUGAAGCAACAUGUCUAAAAAUCUGGAAAUCAUCAAUUUGACCUUUUUACUGGACCAUGAAAGAGAAACUAUUUUGGGAGUACUAAAGAGAGAUGAAUACUUGAAAAAAAUUGAAGAUAAAAGGAUCAGGAAAUUGAAGAAUGAGUUAUUGGAAGUGAAACGGAAAGGUGGGCGGCAUCAUCAACACCAGCUUGACAACAGCAGGGUCUGCAUUCGCUGUCAGAAAAAUUUGGGCUUAAUCUUUGAUAGAGGAGAUCUCUGCCCAACAUGUGGACACAGAGUUUGUAGCAAAUGCCGUGUCGAAGGAAUGGAUGGCAACUGGAAAUGCACUGUGUGUGAUAAGAUUGCGCAUCUUAGGAUAGUAACAGGAGAAUGGUUCUUUGAAGAGAGAGCAAAGCGCUUCAAACAGUCCAAGCUGCUUGGAACUGAUAUUGUUAGACGGUCCAUCCUACGCAAAGCCCCAGAUACUUCUUCUGAACAGAUAGAAGGGGGGAAAACCAAAGCUGAAUUGCCAGGGAGCUCAGAGGACACCUCAAAGCAAGACAUGUUAGCUUCACUCUCCAGUGGGACAAAAUUAGUUUUCAGUGGACCCAGGAAAAUUGGCAAAAAAGUUUUCAAGGGAAUUUCUAAAGGAGAGGUUGCAAAUGUGAAACCAGAGGAUGGAAGAAGCAUUGGCUCAGAUGCUGACAUCCAGAGUAUGAACAGUACUGAGAGGGAAAGCACUGGUUCACUAGAUAGCAAUGAUCUGGAGAAUACGUCUGGUAGCCUGAAAGGCACAAUGGGUUCUGUAAACCAAAGCAAUGCCUCCACUCCAGUUCGUCCAAGGUCACCAGCACUGAGUACACGGAGCAUGACUGUAGACUACAGCAUGGAUCCUGAAUUAGAAAAUGGCACUACUUUGCCUGCAAGUGAAAGUAUACCUGCAGAUUUAGCAAAAAGGCAUUGUGGGAAAGUAUCUCGAACACCCUCAGUAGCAGUUUCAAGGACAUCUCUAUCAUCAGAUCGCAGCAGAUCAGAGAUAGAUCUCAGUGGGUCUUUUUCUGAAGGAAAUGAUGACACUUUAAGUAUAAGAAGUAAAUCUGUACCUGGAGCAUUAGACCAGGAACUGGAUUACCUGGAUGAGGCAGAGGAAGAUAUUGAUGAUAUUGUGGCCUCUGGUUCUUCAAAGAGGCGGGUCAAUUUGACAAGUGGAUUAUCAACAAAUUCUCCUUCAAGUUCUGAUAGGAAAUGGACCUAUUUAAAUGUCCCAGAAGCAGAUGGUGAUACAACUAGCAUUAAUAGUAUGAUGAGUGUAUAUAGCGAAACUGGGGACUAUGGUAACGUGAAGAUCAGUGGUGAAAUUUGUCUCCAAAUUAGCUACAGCUAUAAAACAGGUGCCCUCAACAUUCUUGUAAAAAAAUGCAAGAAUUUGGCCAUAGCAGAUGAAAAGAAGCAAAGAACUGAUCCCUAUGUCAAAGCAUACCUUCUGCCGGACAAGUCUCGCCAAAGCAAGCGCAAGACAAAAAUCAAAAGCAACACCACUAAUCCAGAAUUCAAUGACAUACUGAAGUAUGUUAUCAGCCAUACACAGCUCGAGACUCGAACCCUACAGCUUUCUGUCUGGCAUUAUGACAGAUUUGGGCAUAAUAGCUUUCUUGGAGAAGUGGAGAUACCUUUGGACUCCUGGAACUUUGAAAAUCAAGCAGAUGAGUGGUUUUUGCUUCAGCCCAAGAGGGAGCUUGCAGCUGACGCUGGCCUUCAGUAUAAGGGAGAGCUGGUAGUUGUCUUAAGGUAUAUCCCCCCUGAGAGGAACCUAACACUUCCAUUAGGAGAGAUUCAAGGCAAGAAGAGUUAUAAGAAAGGAAAGAAGUCAAACUCACAGUUACCAUCAGGUGGUAUAUUAGAAGUUGUCAUCAAGGAAGCCAAGAAUUUAAUGGCUGUGAAGUCAGGAGGAACCUCUGAUACAUUUGUGAAAGGGUACCUGCUUCCAGACAACAACAAAGCAUCCAAACACAAAACCCAUGUAAUAAAAAAGAGUGUUAAUCCCCACUGGAAUCAUACUUUCACUUUUAGUGGCUUGAAUCCGAGAGAUAUACACAAUGUAUGUGUAGAACUCACUGUCUGGGACAAGGAGUCCCUUUCCAGCAAUAUCUUCCUGGGAGGUGUUCGCUUGAGUACUGGAAGUGGUUUAAGUAAUGGAAAAGAAGCGGACUGGAUGGAUUCUCAAGGGGAAGAGCAGCUUCUUUGGCAAAGAAUGAUUGAUUGUCCUGGAGAUUCUGUGGAAGGUGUUUUAAUGCUGAGAUCUAGCAUGGGAAAACGCAGACUGUAAGAGAAAUGCUAUUUGCACAGGAUUUACUCCAGGUAUCUAGCCAAUUACACAAUAGUGUCAUGGAGACUGAUCUACAGUGGAGCACCUUCUGUAAUAAUUUGCACAUGUAAAAUAGAAAAGACAAAGACUCUUCUUCAACAUAGACUUUAAAGCUUCUGCAAUGAACUAUAAAAGCAUUUAGCACUUUCUUCCAUACAUAUUUUACCACUGUUCUGGCUUGCCUAGCAGAAUUUGGCAAAGCCACUUCAGAGACUGAAUUUCCCAGGUACGAUUCAGUAGCUGGAAUAAGACCCUCUAAAAUCCUCUACAGAAUAUAAUUUCAUUUUUUAAGUUAAGAUUAUUUUAACAUGUAUUUUCGCAGAAAAAGUGUGAUUAAUAAAUCGGUUACAAAGCUAAGAGGUGAGGUGGCUUUUGGCUUGCAGGCAAGCUGCAAUUACAAUUACUUCUUGCAGUAAUUAUUUCCAACUUCCAUGUCCCAGCUUCUGCAGCCUCAUUUCUAUGAAUGGUUCCCAGUCGUGGGCUUGCUAAUGAGCAGUUCAAGAAUCUCCAUUUACCAACUCACAAGCAAAACUGCUAUGUGAGAGGUUUUUACAGACCAGCUGACUUUGCCGAAAUAGAAAUGACAAGAGUCCCCUAAAUCUCAUCAGUGGUACAGUGCAUCGACCAAAUUUCAGCACAUUUUAUAAAAGCAUAGGUUGCAUCAGAUAGCAAAGAAAAGUUACUUUGUUUGAAACUGAGAUGUACUCUGUGUGGAACCAGCAUAAGGCUAGAUGUUUGUUUUAUUUGUUACCAAACGAACCUUUACUUUUUAAAAUUAUUUUUCAUGUAUCUGUCUGGAUGUUUUUAAAAUGUGAUAAUUGACAAGAAGAACUGGUCAUGCUUUAUUCCACUGAACCCACUGAUCAACACAGCCACUUUUCCAAUACAGUAGUCACCUUAAGGCAAUAAUUCCUGCCUGCAUCCUGUGUCCCAGCUGCAUCCCAUUAGGGUGCAAUCGGUUUAAAUGUAUAUGCGAUAAGCUCCAAAGAAUGAACCUAAUGCUAAACUGAAACCAUCCAUAACUGAGCUGUGCCAGGAUGAUACAGUGGGACUGCACAUUUACAGAUGGCUUUGGCAAUAUGUCCAUUUCUCCCAAAAGCAGUUUCCCAAGCUUUGAACUGUUGUAUACAAUUGGGAGAGAAUAUCACAAAGCUACAAAACUUAUACUGGACCAGCUAUCAACCAGUUUCUGAACACAAUUCACAGUGUAUGCUAGCUUUAACUUUUAAAGCUCUAUACAGAUUGGUUCAGCAUAGUUUAAGGUAUAUCUCUUUCCCUUACAAAUCUUCAUGCCUAACAAGUGAUAGAAAAUGUGUGCAUGCAAGGGCUAGCUGUUAUAAUUAAAGAGCAAUGAUACUGAAGGCAAUAGAAAACAAACUAAAGGUUCAUUAUAUGAACUCCAUUGCAGAUUGGAAAGCUCUGGGCUGGGCUAACAGGGAUAGAGAAACAAGGGUCUGAAAACCAUGUCCUAUGAGGAAUGACUUAGGGAGCUGGGGAUGUUUAGCCUGGAAAAGAAAAGGUC